CCCCUCUCUCCCUCUCUCCCUCUUUCCGUCUCUCCUCUCUCUCCUCCCUAACACCAAGCCUCUGUCUCUCUCUCCCCCUCACUCUCCUCUUCGUCCCUCUCUCUCUCUCUCUCUCUCCAUCCUGUCUCCCUGACACCCAGCCUCCCUCUCUUUUUCCCUUCUCCUCUCUGUCUUUUCUCUCUCUCCUUCUCUCCUCCCUUGCUUCCCUCUCUCCCUGUCUUUCUCUUCCCUGACACCAAGCCUCUAUACCUCACUCUCUCUCCCUAACACCGAGUCUCUCUCUGUCUCCCCUUCCUCUCUAUCUCUGUCUCUUUCCUUCUCUCCCUCCUCCACCCCCAACCCCCAACGCUCUCUCACUGCAGUAGUCAUUUUGUCGAGCUGAGAGCUUUGGUAAACAGAAUCCGAUCUCUUUGACUGAGAGGGUGAGAGAGGAUUGUGUGGCCGCAGCUCUCAGCUAAAAAUACCGUCCCCAAGACAAGUCAGCAGAUGAGACCUUGGAUUGUGGCUGGAUUGCCUGAGGGGGGUUAGAAGGACCUGGUCACAGGAACCUGAUGGAUUUGGGGUGACUUGCUGGAUCAAAGAGUGUGUCGGAAAUGAUGGAGCUGAUGAAGAGAGGCCUCCUGUAUGCGGCAAUCUGCCUGGUCUGGGCUGACUGCUCCAAUCCUGGGUGUGUGGAAGUGGAUUCAGAUACUGAAGCUGUCAAAGAUCAGACAAUGAAACUGCGCUGUAUCUCGUGUAAGAAGCGUGGGGAGACUGAGGCCAUGACAGUUGCUGAGUGGGUCUUCCGCCCACAACAAAACAACACCUUUUACAAGAUCUACGAGUAUGCCUACCCAGAUGUGUCGACCUCCUAUGGUGACUUUGAGAAUCGGAUCGAGUGGUCAGGGAGCAAGGAAACCUCGGAUAUCCAGGAAGCUACAAUCAUGCUGCACAAUGUCAGCUUCUCAGAUGCUGGUACUUACCGGUGUUUCUUCAACAGAACCUUUACCUACAGGAAUGGCGAGUUCAUAUUCUUCACCCAAACAAACAAGACGAUCAAACUGGAUGUGGUGGCUAAAGAAAACCGGAAACUAGCGUCCAUCAUCGGAGAGAUCAUGAUGUACUUUCUGAAUGUUGUGCUGACCCUGUGGCUGUUUGCAGAGAUGCUUUAUUGUUACAAGAAAAUCGCAGCCGCUGGAGAAGAAGCUAUUCAGGAAAAUGCAUCGGACUACUUGGCAAUUACAUCAGAAAGCAAAGAGAAUUGUACAGGGGUACAAGUGGAGGAAUAACAUCACCCAAUCAGCAUUACAUCUACAGAGUCUUUUUAAACAUAGAUGUUGGGAAAAGUGAGAAAGGAUUGAUAAAUGGAAUGGCCAUGUGAGUGAACAGCUUCUAGCUUCAUGAAGGAGCUAAACUUCAUCAUCUUGACUCUUUUAUGAAACUCAAGUUUCACUUCCAAGAUAAUGUUUAAGACACUAAAACAAGCAUGUUCAAACACAAUCAAUACUGCACUUGACAAGGUCUUCCGCAUUUGCCAACCUGACGAAGCUGUGGCCUUGGAACUGCACUACAGUGCUUACAGGAUAGCAAUCUAGCUGCAACCUUGCAAUGCAAAUUUAAUCUUUUUUUAACAAAUUGAUUAUGCCACAAAAAUGCUUGCAAAAUCUUGACCAACAGAGCAGAUUUUCUUUUGAUGUUGCCAGUUAUUUCACUGCAAGGUUUGAAGGUUGUGCAUUGUCUUGUAUCGAAUGCAUUUUUUGUUUGUUGUGCCGUUGACCCAAAGGACUGCACAUCAUUCAUUCAUCGCUUCUUUUCAUUCCUUACUGUGCACACCACCGGUGUAUUGUCUGGAAUGAAAACUGCAUCACAAAGUCUGAAACACAAUGUAAACCAGUGUACAUCUGAAAUAAAACUAAAGUCCUGGGAACAUAUAAAUCGGUGAGCAUUGCUAAGCAGAUAUUUCAGAAACUUUUCACUUCAAAAUUUGAUAUUUUGACUCACUUCUGAAACUUAAACUUUCCAGAAUUUAUAUUUUAAUAUUUUCAUUGUUGUACACUUCUUGUAAUUUGUUCUAAUUUGAAUGUUUUCCAUCCCUCUAAUCAGGAAUCUUUUUGAUGCUUGUAAUCCUGUGAUGAAACAACUUCAGUUUUUUGCAUGUUGCAUCAGGUCCUUAACGAGAAAGUAGUUUUGCACAAUCUGGUGGCACAGUGGUCAUGUGUUUGUUUCUAAGCGAUCAGAUCCAUCUGUGAGUCCCACAUGCCUCGAAUGUGUGUUAUAGCUUGUUCAAACAGGCUGAUUAAAAUAACUACACUCUACUGUUUCCCGAAGGAGUAGGGCUGCAACAAGGAAGGGCAGAGCAAUGAAUCAAAUUGGAGCUCCAUCAGUCAGGAAGGCAGUCAGCUCUGUCCCAAAGGGAAGGAAUUGUCCAAAACAGCAUCAUAAUUUAUUCCUGCAAUAACCGGUAAAUAUUUUAAUCGUCCAGUUCAAAUGUCGUGACAUGUGAGAUUUGAACUGGAUCUUCUGGCCCAGAGGUAAGGAUACUACCAUUGCACCUCAAGAUCCCUCACUGCAUUAACUGUUGUGCUGUCAAUAUCCUGUUAAUUGUUCACCUUUGACUUAUAUCGCUGAUAUCCCUUAUUCAGGCUUCAUGAGUAAAGCUUCAGCAUCCAACACACAUUGUAUGCCUCUUAUUGCAGCCCAUCUAUUUUAUACACGUCGACCUCCUGCUGCAAGUGCUAACUCACAGUCCUGUUCAUCUGCUCACUGACACAAGUCCAUUUCCCCAGUCCAUUUACAUUGUACUUCUCAUUCAAGUGAAAUCCUGGAAACUUUUCUGUCAGCUCAUUGCAUUCCUAUAUUUAUACUGCAUGCCUUUUGUCACAAGUAGAUCUGAUCUCCUAUCUUCAUGCAUGAUCGGUGGGUCAGUAACAGGACUGGUACCUCACCUUAAAGCAUGGAUGUGAAAUCCUCACCGUUUCUUCACAUUUUCCAGUGGAGUCAACCAGACAUGAAAGUUCAACUCUCCCUGCAUAGAAAGCAAUGGGUCAGUCCACAAAACAUCAUCAAACUAUAGAUUUUAACUGAGUUUGGCAUCGGAACUGCUACUUCAAAAUCAAUUUACAACUUUGAGGCUUGUCAUGUACAAACAUCUGAAUUGUGGGCAUAUCCUGUACCUCAGCAUGUCUAUGAACUGUGUAGCUCCCCUGAAAUGUAAAAAGACAUGUGGUGUAAUCUGCACAGGCAGCAUGGUUUUGUAUGAUUGUAAGAAAACUGUUUCAUUAGAAAACCCUGGGCCAAACAGCUGGCUUCAGAACAAAUACAUUUAAUUUUCAUAACAAAAAAUAAAUGGUGUACUGUGCUCCUG